UGCUUUGACAGUGUUAUAUCAACCUCCGCCAGAGUGAAGUCGUGUGUUCCCUUCGUUCAUAAAUCUCGCUCGAAAGAGAAAGAGUAAAACUUUGAGAAAUUUUUUCUCGAACUUGAAUGAUUCGCAUAAAGGAAUCACGCUUCUUUUAUAACGGUCUUGAAAACAUUUUUAACAGAGAGAGAGAGAAAAAAAGGGAAGAGAAACAACAAUUCGGUGAAUAAAUAGACAAGAACGAGAAGAGAAGAAGAAAAAAGAAAAAGGAAAGAGGAAAGUUACCUCUUUCUUCUCUUUUUUAACCCGUUAGAAAUACCCAAGACACGAGAGCAAACGAGAUAAAACAAACAUCAACGCGAGCAUCAGGGACACACAAGGGAAUCUUUAUUGAGACAUUCUACGAAUUUGUGCUGCGUGUUUUGUGAGUGAUAAAAGCUUAUCGUCGCGCGGCAACCGGAGACCUUUCGUGUCAGCAUAUAGAGAGGCGGAUCGCUUUCCUUUUUCGAAAAGGCCUUCCCUCCACUACACUAAGAAGAGGGUUGCUUCUUCCGGGGAUAACCGGAAGUGGCUAUUAAACUAAAGAAGGUAGAACAAUGUCGACACUCGAGAACAGCCUCCCUUGAAGCUCCCUCUCACGUUCUUCAAGAUAAUAAUUCGGCCCUGUUAAGUCAUGUUCUGUCUUCUUGCCCUGCGUCGAAAGGUAGAUGCCUUUCGUGUUGUAAAUAAUACUGUGAAAAGAAACCUCAGACCGAAGAUGGGCAAGCUUUUGAGCCUUCUGGCUCGAGAUGAGUCUACCUGUUGCACGCCUCAAAAGUACGACGUCUUUUUGGAUUUCGAAAAUGCACAACCUUCCGAUAUAGAACGGGAGACCUUUGAAGCGGUGCAAAGAGUUUUGAAAAAUUCAGAAUCUAUUUUAGAGGAGAUUCAAUGUUACAAAGGUGCCGGAAAAGAAAUCAGGGAGGCGAUUUCGGCUCCCACGGAAGAGUGUCAACGAAAAGCUUAUCUGACUGUUGCACCUCUAGUCGCCAAGCUGAAAAGAUUCUAUGAAUUUUCAUUGGAACUUGAGAAGGUAGUACCAAAAAUCUUAGGCCAACUGUGCUCCGGUAAUCUCUCUCCGACCCAACACCUCGAAACUCAACAGGCUUUGGUAAAACAGCUGGCGGAAAUUCUGGAAUUCGUCUUGAAAUUCGACGAGCACAAGAUGAAGACACCCGCCAUUCAAAAUGAUUUUAGUUAUUACAGAAGAACGUUGACCAGAGCAUCCCUGGCGCGACAAGAAAGCGCUGAAAAGGACCUCGUGGUCGGGAACGAGCUCGCCAACCGAAUGUCCUUGUUCUACGCCCACGCGACACCCAUGCUUCGUGUUCUGAGUCACGCGACCAUUACUUUCUUGAUGGAUAACGAAGAUGUAGCACGUGAAAAUAUUACUGAAACUCUUGGCACCAUGGCCAAAGUUUGUCUGCGCAUGUUAGAAAAUCCGAAUUUAUUGGCGCAAUUCCAACGAGAAGAAACUCAACUCUUUGUUCUGAGAGUGAUGGUAGGGUUAGUGAUCCUUUAUGAUCAUGUUCAUCCCCAAGGUGCCUUUGUUAAGGGUUCGAAUGUCGAUGUUAAAGGCUGUGUAAAGCUAUUGAAGGAUCAACCACCUUGCAAAAGCGAGGGUCUUCUGAAUGCUCUUCGCUACACCACCAAGCACCUGAACGAGGAGAACACACCGAAGAACAUCAAGAACCUUCUAGCAGCAUGAUUACCAAAGCAGCGCGGAUGCUGCAUCAGGAGCUGAGAUAAAUUGAACGAACGACGUUCAUUCAAAUUUUAUGUGGACGAGAUCGUCGAAGCGACUUUAUAUGACAUCAAACAAGCAAUCUCCUGUUUCUGAUCGUGGCUGGGUGGUGGACCAUUAAAAAAAAAAACAUGUCUUUCGUAAUCGAGUCUAUAGCUGCCCGAAAACUGCCGACUUCUACAUACCUUCUGACGAAAAAAAGAAAUAAAAAAAAAAAAAAAAAAAAAAA